AUGGCUUCUCAAGCAGCUCUACGGCGCGUUGGAGCUAGAGCUCUGCAGCAUGGGGUCAGCCCCCUGUCGCGACGGCGAUGGGCUUCGACAGGUUCAAGUCCAGAGGUGGUGGACCCUUUCAAGAGCAAGCCUUCUAGCACAGUUACUCGGAUAGAACAUGACGACCUGCCAGGAAAUCUAUCCAAGCGGAGCGACCGCUUCGUGGAAGGAAUCAUGCCUUUCAUGGUGCCUACGUACGUCCGACCAACGCCGGUGAUGGCCAGGGGAAGCGGCUGUUACCUGUGGGACAUGGAGAAUAAGCAGUAUCUCGACUUCACGGCUGGUAUUGCGGUCACCUCUCUCGGCCAUUCAGACCCAGGGCUGUCGCAGGUCCUAUCAGAGCAGUCUGAGAUAUUGAUACAUGCAUCCAACCUCUUCCAUAACAAACAUACUGGCAAACUGAGCCAGGCACUCGUCAGCACUACUCUAACCUCAGGAGCAAUGCGGACCGCCACACAAGCGUUCAUUUGCAAUUCUGGCGCCGAAGCAAAUGAGGCAGCCCUUAAGUUUGCCCGGAAAGUAGGCCACAGCCUCGAUACUACCGGCGCAAAGCAUGAAAUUGUCUCCUUCCAAGGAUCGUUCCACGGCCGAACCUUUGGUGCUCUAUCUGCUACUCCAAACCCCAAAUACCAAGCUCCAUUUGCCCCCAUGGUCCCCGGAUUCAAGUAUGGAAAGUACAACGACAUCGAACAGCUGCCAACCUUAAUCACCGACAAAACAUGUGGUGUUAUUGUCGAACCAAUCCAGGGCGAGGGCGGAGUGAACGUAGCAUCCGCGGAAUUUCUCGGCGCUCUCCGCGCACGAUGCGACCAGGUCGGAGCGGUGCUGAUCUUCGACGAGAUACAAUGUGGUCUCUCUCGCACAGGCAGCCUCUGGGCACAUGCUCACCCUUCUCUCAAGCCAAGGGAUGGCUCCAAGGCCGCUCAUCCCGACAUCCUCACUACAGCCAAGGCACUUGGGAACGGUUUCCCCAUCGGUGCUACAAUCAUUUCCUCUGAUACGGUAGGGAAAUAUAUCAAGGUUGGAGACCACGGAACCACUUUUGGCGGAAGUCCACUUGCCUGUGCCGUGGGUAACCAUGUCUUGACCCGUCUGGCCAACAAGGACCUCCAGGAUUCCGUUAACUCUAGAUCCCAAACCCUCGUCAAGGGGCUGAAACGGCUUCAGGAACGGUAUCCCGAUGCUGUGUCUGAGGUCCGAGGUCGAGGUUUAAUUCUCGGUUUGCAACUUACUGCUCCCUAUGUUAGUAAGGUUGCUGAUAUCCUUGGGUCGGCAAGGGAUAAGGGGCUGCUCAUAAUCUCUGCUGGAGAAGGUUGCAUUCGAUUUGUUCCCCCACUAGUCAUUACUGACGCGGAGAUUGAAGUCGGACUAGGCAUUUUGGACGAAGCUAUGAGCGAGGUUAUCAGCCAGGCUUAG